ACUAACAGAAGCAAAAGAAGCUGUCCACUACACGCCCUCUUCCCUCUUCCCUUUUCCCUCUUUCUCAGCUCUCUUCAAAGACCUGCUACCAUGAUGGAUUUGAGGGAGUCGAUCGGCCACCAGACUGCGUUCGCGCUCCGCCUCGCAAAGCAAGUCGGCGCCGAGGCCGCCAGCGACGCUAACCUCGCUUUCUCUCCCCUCUCCGUUCACCUCGUCCUGUCCCUCCUAGCCGCCGGCUCCAAGGGCCGCACCCUCGACCAGAUCCUCUCCUUCCUCGGCCUCGGCGACAGCGGCGGAGUUGCCGACCUCAACGCCCUAUCUUCGCAGGUUGUCGCCGUCGUCCUCGCGGACGGGUCGGCGAGAGGUGGGCCCAGAGUGUCCUACGCCAACGGCGUCUUCUUUGACUCCUCGUUGUUGCUGAAGCCUUCCUUCAAGGAGAUCGUCACCCAGAUUUUUAGAGCAGACACUAAAAUCGUUGAUUUCCAAACCAAGGCUGUCGAAGUUACAAAUGAGGUUAACUCUUGGGUUGAGAACGUUACCGCUGGCCUGAUCAAAGAGCUCCUUCCUCCUGGUUCUGUUGACAGUAACACCAGAUUGGUGUUGGGUAAUGCACUCUACUUCAAAGGAUCCUGGAAUGAAAAGUUUGAUUCAUCUCAGACGAAUGACUCAGAAUUCCACCUACUAAAUGGAACCUCAGUUCAAGUGCCUUUCAUGUCUAGUAAAAAAGAUCAGUAUUUGUCUUCAAAUGAUGGAUUUAAGGUUCUUAGGCUCCCUUACAAGCAAGGUGAGGAUGCAAGGCUGUUCUCUAUGUAUAUUUUCCUGCCAGAUGCACGAGAUGGUUUGUGGAGUUUGCAGGAGAAGUUGAAUUCUAAGUCUGAGUUCUUAACUCACCGUCUUCCAAUGACGAAGGUUAAAGUAGGGAAGUUCAAGCUGCCAAAGUUCAAGAUAUCAUUUGGAUUUGAAGCAUCUGCAGUGCUGAAAAGUUUGGGCCUGGCAUUACCUUUCAGUGCAGAUGCAGAUCUAUCAGAGGUGGCAGAUUCAUCUGUUGGUCGAAGCCUCUAUGUAUCAUCAGUUUUCCACAAAUCCUUUAUCGAAGUCAAUGAAGAAGGAACUGAAGCAGCCGCUGCUACUGCUGCUGUGGUGGCUCUGAGGUCAUUACCGAUUGGUCCUCUAGACUUUGAAGCAGAUCACCCAUUCAUCUUUAUAAUAAGAGAAGACGUAACCGGAGUAGUGUUGUUCACCGGCCAUGUUCUCAAUCCCUCACUUAUCGGGUAAGUCAACAUAUUAUAUGUUCAUUAGUGAGUAGUGAUCAAGCAAAAAAUAUGUGGAGGAUAAGCUUAUGAAAGUUGUAUUGUUUUGCUACCACUCAGUCCUGUAGAAGUUCAAACAACAUUAUAGCUCAUUACCAUCUCAGAUAAUGUGUUUUACUGAUUAAAAAUCAUAAUUUUGUGCGUGCUAGUAUUUUUUUCCUGCUUUCA